CUAAAAUAAAUUAAAAUUUUUACAGUUGUGUUUGUUAAUCAAGUCUAAACAUGUCAUCUUCACAGGCGAAUGAAAGAUGCAAAAUGCUUUUUAUAUUAUCAAUUUGGGUCAUCAUACUUUCAACAAUUAAAACAGGAAAUGCUACAGAUUUGAUGGAUUUACCAUUAAGCAUAAGUAGCAAAAGCGUUAACAUUCAAGCAACUUUAACCGAUGCCGAUGUGGACCAUAAAUAUUUCAUUCAAGAAUCAAUAUCAGCUUCUGAUUCACCCAUCAAAGGCAAAAUUGUGAUCUCUGCUGGAAAGGAUUCCUACAAAGUCUAUUAUAAUACUGCUUCUAAUUUUAACAAAGAACGCUUGGUUAUUCAUGACAAAAAUUGUUUACCAUUUAGCUACGAGAAUAAUUGGGAUAAAACUUUACCUGGAAUCGACAAACCUGUUACUAAUCUGAUACUCUUAAUGGGACCUUCAAUUUUAUAUCGACUUGAUCAUUCCUCACUUGUUUGGAAAUCAGUUGAAGAUAAAAACAUAAGAGGAACCAUGAUGAAGGGUGCGACAACUUUCAUAAAUGUAAGAUUGAGAAUCACUUAUUAUUACAAAAAACAUUUUGAUGAUGAUUAUGGAAUCAAAAAUCCAAGUAGAAUUGUAUUCAAGGGUAAAGAUCCAUCUUCAACGUCAUUGGAUUACUAUGAACAUCUUAUUCUUGACAUUUACCUUCAAAAUGAGAGUAAUCAUGAUAAUCUUGCGAAUGAAGUUAAACCUCUACCUGGGAUUGGAUGUCCAUAUUACUUUUCCAUGGGUGAUCCUCCAUUUCCACAGUUGAAACCUAAUUAUGUACAUUUCUCUAUGUACGAGUACGUUAAAGGUUCAAUCAAUACUCAAACAUUCAGUGAGAUUCAUGCAUCAGAAAAGUACAACAUAUUACGAAUAAAAUCAAAUGUUCUUGGCGUAACAACUGAAGUUAUCUAUGAUUACAACCUUGGCCUUUCUUACCUCUUUCAAAAGGGUGGAACAUGUAGCAUAUUAUUUACAGAUUUGAAUUCACCUGGAAUCAAUUCUAAUGGUCACUUCUAUUUAGAUGAUCUUUUCCUUGUUAAUUCUAUUUUCAAAUAUCUUGGAAAGAUAAAUUUAGAACAUCGAUCUGGAUAUCCCGUCGACGUAUGGGAAACAACCAAAUAUGCUGUUAAUAUAAAUGGGAAAAGGGUCGACAAAGCAGUCAUUAGUCAAUAUUUUGCUGAAUCGCGAGACAGCGUAAUAUUUCAUGGCUAUACGCUUGUCAGUACCACAAUUGAAAUGUAUAAAUUUGAUCGAUCGAAAAAAACUUACACUUGGGUGGAUGAAAUUACUAGAGAUUACAUGAACUUUGAAACGGCUGGAGCAGAAGAUGAACUUCAUGAUAUUUUCACGUUAAAAGAGUGCAAAUACUUGUAUAAAGAUAAAAAAUUAACCCUUGCCUUUAAAUUACAACCUGAAGAUGGCGGUCAUUUUUCACAACAACUUAUAGAAAGUCACAUUUACGAGAUGAAACAAAACUUCUUGUAUUUUAUUAUUUCGAGCGAAACAAUCAGUCCACUUAGAAUCGAAACGGUUCAAUAUAAUUUCAAUGACGAACAGCUUCAAGUUGAUGUGACGUUUUUGGAUUUACCUGAUUUCCAAUAUAUUUUAAACUCUCAAACUAUGUCCGUUAGCGCAUUUACAUUUAGAAAAAUGAAAAUAAUCAAAACAAAGGAUGAAAAUGAAUGUCUGAACAAAUUAUCGACAUUCAUUGAUACCAUCAAUGUAGUAAUUUAUAGACCAUCAGAUUCUUCUUGCGGAUAUUUGACAAAUUUUGAUGAUUUCAUGGAAGAUACUAAAUUCGGAGAACCAUGCAGCGUCUAUCACUUUCCUUUAAACAAUUUGCGUCGCAUUAAUCAAGAAUUACCACUCGAUCAAAUUCACGAUAUUUUUUUGAAAGACGUAGGAAAUAGUUACUGGUUAAUAAGUUUGAAUGGUGAAAAUUUCGCAACUUAUAAAUUAAUUGAUGUUAUCGAUGUAACGAAAAAUCAAGGUGACUCAUCAGAUUCCUUUGUAUUCAAAAUUAAAGACAACGAAAAAUUAAAAAGCAACGAUCAAGUAACAGUGACAGUACCAGAUAGCAAAACGUUUGCUGAUUGUUAUCGAGCCUGUCAUAAUUCCGAUCAACUCGAAUGCAAUAUUUUUUCAUUCUGUUCAAAUGGCGACUGUAGAGUCAGUAGCUUACUAACUGACGACUUGUAUAAUGAAUCGCAUGUGGAACAAGAAAAAACAUGUUCUAUUUACGCUUCGGAGGUUCUUAAUGAUUACUCAGAAGUACCUCAUAGAAAAUUUAAAACUCAGACUUCAAUCGCAAUCGAGACACGCCUUGAUACUUGUGCAGAAUUGUGUCAUGCUUCACCUGAUUGUUUAUCCUUCCAAUAUUGCAACCUUAAAUGUAGUUUUGGUGGUGCUUAUACCGAUGAAUCUACUGAAUAUGAUGAAGAAUGCAUUGUCUUUGUUCCCAAAGUAUCUGAAAAGUAUCAAAAAACGGGCAACAAAAUCGUAUCUGGUGUUAUUCACACUGAAUUUAAUUUAAAUUUUGAACAAUGUGCUUCAUUAUGUCAUGAAUGGUCCGAUGGUGAAACUGGAUGUAAAUCAUUCAAUUAUUGUCCUAAAAGUAAAACAGAAAGUUCUUGUUCAUUAACCGAAUUUUCAGUUAAAAGUUCAAAUAUUAAAACCACAGAAGGAGGUUAUUGCUCAAAUUACGAGUUGCAAGUGGAAUCAAAUGGAAAGCGAAGCAAAGGUUCAUCUGGAGCAACUAAAGGAACAAGUGGAUCAGGUGCUUUUGGAAUAAUUAUGUUGUUCUUGCUUGUCGGCGGUUUAUUGGGAUUCGCUGCACCAUUUGGCUACACAAAAGUUAAACAAAUACGCAAUGCUUCGAGAGCCAAUCACAAUUUCAGUUGGACAAGACAAGUAAAUGAACAAACUGAGAAUAUAAAUUGAAUUUAAUUUACCCCAAUUUGAAAACAACUGAAUUUUAUUAAAUUUAUAUCUUGUUUCUAGUACGUAAGCACUAGAGUUAUGAUA